UGGACUAUUGACAGCAAUGGCGGAAGUACUACUGGUGGCGGGGAUAGUAAUAAUAUUGUUUUGUUUGUUGUUGACACUGAUUGCUUUGGUUAUUUACUCUGGUUUAUUAGAACAUGUUAGUGUUGGGACCGGUAAGCCACCAAUAGGAGAGGCUACCAUUGCAUACAAGUUUGCGCAAGGACCCUACAAAGAAGCAGGUCAACUGUGCAGUGACAUCAGCCUUCUGGCUCCGACGAGCGGACCCAAAGUCGUCUGUAUCUACUAUGACGACCCCAAAUUGGUGCCAUCCAGCAAGCUGCGUUAUGCUGUCGGGGCAAUUUUAUCAGAGGAUGGUAAACCCGAAGAUGAAGAUUUCAAAAAGAAGUUAUUGGAUGAAGGAUACAAGAUGUUCAAACUUCCCAGUGUGUCCUUCGCUGUGAGCACAUUCUUCCCCUACAGAAGUACACUGUCUAUUUUCAUGGCCAUCUUCAAAGUGUACCCUGCUAUGGAAUCCUAUAUACAGGAGCACCGCCUCUGUGCCCAUCCUAUGUUGGAGAUCUACGAUGCAGACAAAAUGCAUUUCAUGGCUCCGCUGGCUAAGCAGAGUGAGUUUUAUGUGGAGGAAGCUGAGGAAACCGGACUAAAUCUAGACGAUAUCGAAGAUGCAGAUUCUGAGGGUGUGUCCUAUGAUGAGAGUAUGCUCGACAGCAGUGUCUCCCGCAGUGAGGCCUCUGCCACUACUUUCAUGGGGGAGGCGUCGGACGAUGACGAUGACACUGCUGAAGAAGGAAGUCCACGACCAUCCGAGUUGUCUGUGAAAUCAGAAGCAAGGGAGACAAUUCAGAGAAAUGAAAAUUCAGAUCUGUUAGAUUCUGGGUUUAAUUCUGAACAAGUGACAAGCCCAGAUAUUAGCCCUCAAAAGAGCGAGGGUGCCGGUGAAAAGUCGGGGGAUGUUUCAGAUGGGAAUGAGUCCGGUUCAUCGUUUGAGGAAAUACAAAUGGACACUGACAAGCAAUUCUUGCCUUCAGGAGACUCAACAAAAUGAAAGUUGCAAACUUUGUGAAACUGUUAAUUAAUGAUACGAUAAUUGAAUGUGAUCAGGGAUCACUUUAUUUACACAGAAAAAAAUGCUUCAUAGAUUUAUAGAACACUCAUCGAUCAUUUCGUGCAGCCUGCAGCCUCCGUGGACAGUAAGAUUUGAUAAGUAUUAUGAAGUAGAAAGCUCUUUAUAUUCCUGACCUAACUUUGUGGCUCAUAGUUGGUUUGUUUGUACUGGCUGCUCCAGCUAUCUCCACACUUCUCCACUGUAUAAACAUAUUUGGUUUGCAAGAAACAUUGUUUAUCAUUAUCAUAAGCUCAAUGUAGUUAUCAACUAGAUAUAUCAAUUCAUAUCAGAAGUUUGUAGAAAUAUUACUGCAGAGUCUGACCAUGUUGUCCAUUUCAGCAGAGUCUGCCACACUGUUGAUUACAGCAGAGGCUUCAACACUGUUGAUUACAUCAGAGGCUUUAAUCAUACUAUGCUGUUGAUUACAGCAGAGGCUUCAACCGCUAUUGAUUACAGCAGAGGCUUCCAUUCUGUUAAUUACAGCAGCGGCUUCAACCGCUAUUGAUUACAGCAGAGGCUUUCAUGCUGUUGAUCACAGCAGAGGCUUUGGUGCUUUUGAUUACUGUUGAGUCUGACCGUGCUGUCGGUUACUGUUGAGUCUGAUCAUGCACUGUUGAGUGACCAUGCUGUCGGUUACUGAAGAGUCUGACCGUGUUGUCGGUUACUGCAGAGUCUUGACCAUGCUGUCGGUUACUGCAGAGUCUGAUCAUGCUGUCAGUUACUGUUGAAGUCUGACCGUGCUGUCGUUUACUGCAGAGUCUGAUCAUGCUGUCGGUUGCUGUUGAGUCUGAUCAUGCUGUCGGUUACUGUUUAGUCUGAUCAUGCUGUCGGUUACUGUUGAGUCUGAUCAUGCUGUCGGUUACUGUUGAGUCUGAUCAUGCUGUCAGUUACUGUUGAGUCUGAUCAUGCUGUCUGCUACUGUGGAUUUUGAUCAUAUUCAAGCUGUUGGUCAUGGUAGUGUUUGACUAUGCUGUUAAUUAGCAGAGUCUGGCUGUGGUGUGGUUUACCACAGAGUCUGACUUUGGUGUGGUUUACAACAGAGUCUGGCUGUGGUGUGGUUUACCACAGAGUCUGGCUGUGGUGUAGUUUAACACAGAAUGCAACUGCUGUUUUUCAUCACAGCAUCUGACCAUUCUUUCUGUUACCACGGAGAUGACUCUAUAUGUUGCCUGUUACCGAGGAGACUUCACCUACAUCAGCCAUCAAAUCAAACUGCUCCCUGUCAUUUAUUUGUUAAUUGUGACUAGAAAUCUUCAACCUGAAACAACCAUCGGAAGAAAUGGUUUAUGUAAAAUACACCUGACAAAAUACGAUGUUUGUGUUUUCCAAGGUUAGUGUAUUUGAAGGUAUAAUUAAUUUUGAAGCUCAACCUUGCCCUUGUGAGUUGUGUAAAUGUACAUUCUGUUGUUAUGUUUGCGACACAGACGUAGCGUACACUGUUCAAAUGAUGUUUUGUUUCAUAUCAUGUAUUUUUUCUUUAAAAUACUUCAAACUUUGUGCCCAAAAUGAAAUUCUCUGAUUUUUUUCUUUUUAAUGUAUUUAUUAUUAUCUUUAUGUUUUGUAUCAGAACUUUGGAAUUAUUUAGAUAGCUAAAA